AUGAGUACGGAUUUCGCCCCAAAGAUGCAGACGGAUUUCUACGAUAGGGUUUUGAAAGCAAUAAUUCCGGUUCUAGACUCUCCAGAAGCGCGAGUUAAGUCUCAUGCCGCAGCUGCGCUGGUCAAUUUCUGUGAAGAAGCUGAAAAAGAAAUCCUGGAGCCGUAUUUGGAUGACCUCCUGUCGCAUCUAUUCCAUCUGCUUCAGAACGAGAAACGUUAUGUCCAAGAGCAAGCACUGUCAACAAUUGCAACGAUAGCGGAUGCUGCCGAGGCUGCAUUCUCGAAAUACUACGACACCUUGAUGCCACUCCUUGUCAAUGUGUUGAGAACCGAGAAUGACAAGGAGUUUAGACGUCUUCGUGCGAAAGCGAUGGAAUGCGCAACUCUCAUCGCGCUCGCUGUGGGCCGCGAGCGCCUUGGUCGAGAUGCUAUGACCCUCGUGGAGCUCUUGGGAACCAUCCAGGCGAACAUUGUGGAUGCUGACGACCCUCAGACUCAAUACCUUAUGCACUGUUGGGGGCGCAUGUGCAGGGUCCUUGGUGCAGAUUUCCUCCCAUUCUUGCCGACUGUCAUGCCGCCGCUCCUCGAGCAGGCAAGUGCGAAAGCAGACAUCCAGCUCCUUGAGGAAGAAGACCAUAUAGAGCAGAUCCAGCAAGAGGAAGGUUGGGAACUCGUACCUAUCAAGGGAAAAAUGAUUGGUAUUCGCACCAGCACAAUGGACGACAAACGAAUGGCCAUCGAGCUACUGGUUGUCUAUGCCCAGGUAUUAGAGGGAAAUUUUGCUCCAUUCGUCGCAGACGUCAUGGAGAAAAUUGCAAUCCCAGGUCUUGCGUUCUUCUUUCACGACCCUGUCCGUUACAUAUCAGCGAAACUCGUCCCACAGCUUCUUAACUCGUAUAAGAAGGCCUACGGAAACCCGUCCAAUGAGCUCACAGGGCUUUGGCUUGGGACGGUCGAUAAACUUCUCGAAGUUUUAACAGCAGAGCCGGCCAUCGAUACACUUGCGGAAAUGUAUCAGUGCUUUUACGAAUCGAUAGAGGUCAUGGGUAACGGUUGUCUGAGUGAAGUGCACAUGGCUAAAUUUAUUGAUGGGGUACAUUCUGCCAUUGAAGACUACAAGGAUCGUGUAGUCCAACGGGCAGAAGACAAAGAAGGGGCCACCGCCGACGAUGUAGAGGAUGAAGCCCAAGAAACCCUACUUGCCAUCGAGGAUGAUCAAACGCUAUUAUCGGAUAUGAACAAGGCUUUCCACUCUAUCUUCAAACACCAUGGUGCAUCGUUCCUACCGAGCUGGGAGCGGCUCAUGGCUACAUAUGAAAGCUUCUUAGUUUCCGAAGACCCUACGCAAAGACAGUGGGGGCUAUGCAUCAUGGACGACGUUCUUGAGUACUGUGGCCCUGAAAGCAGCAGAUAUGCCAACUUCAUCACCCAGCCACUUAUCAGCGGAUGUCAAGACGCCUCUCCUGCCAUCCGACAGGCAGCGGCGUAUGGAAUUGGCGUUGCUGCUCACCGGGGGCACUCCUGGGCACAAUUCCUCGGUGGGGCCAUUCCAUGUCUAUUUCAAGUCACAAGGGUUUCCGACCCUCGAAGUGAAGACAAUGUCUACGCUACCGAAAAUGCAUGUGCCGCCAUUGCUAAGAUUCUACAUUACAACGCCGCCCACGUGUCUGAUGCCCAAUCGGUCAUCACUCAAUGGGUCGACACCUUGCCUGUUACGAAUGACGAGGAGGCUGCACCUUACGCAUAUGCGUAUCUUGCGGAGCUAAUUAGCCAGCAACACCCGGUGGUUAUCAGCCAGGCCAGCAAGGCGUUUACAUUUAUCGCCCAAGGCCUGGAGGCUGAGACCCUUCGCGGACAGACAGCCAGUCGAGUGGUAGCAGCAACAAAGACCUUGCUUCAGACAGCUAAUCUGGACCCUACACCUCUUCUUCAGCAAUUUUCGCCUGAAGCACAAGGCGUUAUUGCCAGCUUUUUGCGUAAGAGCUGA